AUGGCAUCUGUCUUCAAUGACGAUGGAAAAUCUGUCAGCAUUGGUGGCCCACCGUCGACCCUCAAGACACUCUUCACAGAAUGCGAUUUCUUCAAACGUACCAAGAAUGUACCCAUGAAGAAAGUCCAAGGCAUGUGGCAUACGGGUAAGGUCUAUGGUACGGAACAUGUUCACCAGAUCAUCCCAAAGAUCCAUCAGAAGCAUCAGUUGUAUCUUCCACUAUUCUCCCCUGUGAAGGGACAACCGUUGGAAGCAGCAAGCGCCACAGAUCUUCUCGAGCAGAUCAUGGAGGAGAUGCUAACGCAAAGAAUUCGGUGGGAUCGAACGAUUCAGAACGUUACAGAACGGUUGAAGCAAGCCUCGCCAGAGUCGACCCAGUUGAUCGCCAUCCAACCAUCACAAUAUGUUGAAAGCUUAAUUGGACAGUGGAGGGCUGACAUGCCCACUACCACACAUACAACCGAAGACAUGAUCCGUGCUAAGGAUGCAAAGUCAUCCAAAAUCGCCGUCGUGGGUAUGGCAUGCCGCUUCCCAGGAGGUGCCGAUAACGCAGAAAAGUUCUGGGAGUUAUUGGCUCAAGGUCGAGACGUCCACAGUCCCAUUCCCUCGGAUCGCUUCAACAUUGAGACUCACGUUGACCCAGCGGGGAAAGUUCCAAACACGUCCAAAACUCCUUACGGUUGUUUCGUAGACAAUCCUGGUCUGUUUGACGCCAUGUUUUUCGGCAUGUCUCCCCGAGAGGCAGAACAGACCGAUCCGAUGCAGAGACUGGCCCUCGUUACCGCCUAUGAGGCGUUGGAGCACUCAGGAUACGUGCAUGGUCGCGGUAUCCACGCGCGACGCGUGGGCACCUUCUACGGACAAGCUAGUGACGACUACCGCGAGGUGAACUCCGGACAAGACGUCGGUACUUACUUCAUUCCCGGAGGGUGUAGAGCCUUCGGUCCUGGCCGCAUCAACUACUUCUUCAAAUUUUGGGGUCCGAGUUUCAGUGUCGACACAGCAUGUUCUUCCAGUCUUGCGGCGAUACAAGCUGCAUGCACCUCCCUAUGGAGUGGAGAUGUCGAUAUGGCAAUCACUGGGGGCAUGAACAUCAUUACCAACUCUGAUGUAUAUGCUGGCCUCAGCAACGGCCAUUUUCUCUCCCCGACUGGGGGCUGCAAGACGUGGGAUGAGGGAGCUGAUGGAUAUUGUCGCGCCGAUGGUGUGGGUAGCGUGGUCUUGAAAAGACUAGAAGAUGCUGAGGCUGAUAAUGACAACAUCCUUGGAGUUGUGCUCGCUGCAGCCACUGAUCAUUCUGCUGAGGCAGUGUCGAUUACACACCCCCACGAUGUAGCACAGGCUCAUCUAUACAACCAAGUUGCUAGAAGAGCUGGGAUCGACCCGUUAGCGGUUGGCUAUGUUGAGAUGCAUGGAACAGGCACCCAGGCAGGUGACAGUAACGAGAUGAAGUCAGUCACAAACGUCUUUGCUCCAUCUACUGGCCACAUUCGAGACCGGGACUCACCUCUCCACAUUGGUACCGUCAAGUCCAACAUGGGCCAUGGAGAGGCGGCUGCUGGUAUCAUGGCCUUUGUCAAGACAAUGUUGGUGUUUCAGAAAGGUAUCAUACCUCCUCACAUUGGGAUCAAGACCCGAUUCAACCCAGCACUGCCAGAAGACUUGGCUAAAAGGAAUGUGGUCAUCCCAGUAACAGCAGCCAUCUGGGUUCGGAAUAGCGAUCGGAAGCGGUUAGCCAUGGUCAACAACUUCGGAGCCGCUGGAGGGAAUACAUCUAUCAUCAUUGAAGAGGCGGCACCACGGCCGAGGACUAGCGAGGACGUACGAAAAGCGCAAGUCAUCACAGUGUCUGCAAAAACUGCCAACUCUCUGCAAGAAAAUCUCAAAGCUCUCGUUGACUACAUUGAGGCGAGAUCCGAACUCUCUGUUGCUGAUUUGGCUUACACUCUGUCAGCUCGGAGGAAUCACUACAACUAUCGUGUUUCUGUUCUUGCAACUUCCACGGCUGAAGCAGCUUCUUUACUUCGCCCUCACAUAAAGACCUCCCUGUCUCAGACACCACACUCGGGCAAACAGGUCCCCAUAGCUUUUGCAUUUACUGGCCAGGGUACGUUCUACAUUGGCAUCGGCGCUCAAUUGUACCGAGACUCCCAUGAGUUUCGCAAACACAUCGAUCAGCUGGACAGCCUCGUACGACGACAAAAUUUCGCCUCCUUCUUGCCUGUUGUGUCCGGGAAUGUUCAGCCAGAGGAUGUUUCUAUUGUUACCAUGAACCUUGCCAUAGUUUGUGUGGAAAUUGCUCUGGCGCGACUUUGGGAGUCUUUUGGCAUCAAGCCAAGCAUGGUCAUUGGCCACAGCUUGGGCGAAUAUGCUGCUUUGGCCGUCGCUGGUGUCUUGUCCGACAGUGCUGCAAUAUUUCUUGUGGGUACUCGAGCUAGGUUGUUGACUUCUAAGUGCACUUCUCGCACACAUGGAAUGUUGUCAGUACGAGCAUCUGCAGCAGACAUCAAACAUGCAGGAGGGGAUAUUCCUUUCGAGGUCUCUUGCAUCAAUGGUCCCAACGAAACGGUUCUUGGAGGCACGCUAUCAAACAUGGAGGCUCUCUCGGCCACUUUGGCAGCUGCGGGCUAUCGAACCUUCAAAUUGGAUCUUCCUCACGCCUAUCACACGUAUCAGAUGGACACCAUUGUGGACGAACUCGUCAAACAAACAGAGACUGUAGUCUGUAAGAAAACUACAAUUCCCAUCAUCUCUCCUCGUUUUUCAAGAGUCAUGACAUCAGAAGACAGCAUCGAUGUUUCAUACUUGAUCGGCGCGACUCGGGAAACAGUCGACUUUGCUGGUGCUCUUGAUGACGCGUGGCAGUCUGGUCUGGUGAACGAAUCAACGAUCUGGCUAGAGAUGGGCCACCAUCCUACUUGCUCUGGAUUCAUAAGCCGCAUACCUAUUGACUGGAACGAAUAUCAUCGUCCCUUCGAGCAGGCUCUUCGACUGAUCGAUGCUCCCACAUACGCGUGGACCAACAAGAACUACUGGAUCCAGUAUCGUGGAGAUUGGAAUUUGACAAAAGGCCGCGCUAUGCCUAAGCUUGAUCCUACAACUACUGUUGUACCAGUGUCAAAGAGGUUUCAGACCUCUAGCAUUCACCGACUUAUAUCAGAGCAGUACACCGACGGAAAGGCAAUUCUGUCUGCAGAGUCUAGUAUCACCGACCCUUCGCUCCAAGGCGUAGUCGAUGGACAUGCGAUGAAUGGAUACGGAGUUGCUUCGUCUUUCCUUCACGCAGAGAUGGCGUUCACGCUGGCGAAACGUGUUAGCGAUAAGAGCUUCGCAAGCGCAGUUUCAUUUGGUAUCAACGUCGCUGACUUUGAGUAUCACGAGCCCGUCGUCAAACUCAUCAAUACGAGUGAACCACAGCCCAUCUUGGUCUCUGCUGAGGCUGAUUUGGAAAAGAUGGAAGUCCACGUCAAAUGGUUCAAUCCCGCCAAAGAAAUUUGGUACUGUCAUGCGACAGUGUUCUACGAGGAUCCCUCUUCCUGGCUUUCCACAUGGUCUCGCUCAACCAAACUGAUCACUAGCCGCAUUGACGCGCUUAACGAUAUGGCCGUUACUGGUAAAGCUAGCAAACUCACAACGGACCUCGCCUACAGCCUAUUUGGCAAACUUGUUGGAUAUUCCAAGCUGUAUCAAACAAUGCAGUCGGUUAUCCUGAAUGAGGAUGAGGCCAUGGCUGAAGUGCAGUUCCCCGAAGAUACUGGCGGCAGUUGGACCGUCCCGCCUCAUUUCAUCGAUGGUCUCAUCUCGCUGUCGGGUUUCAUAUUGAACGGUGGCACUCAUUUCGAUAAUACGAACAACUUCUUCAUCACCCCAUCUUGGAAGUCGAUGCGUUUUGCGCGGCCGCUAACUCCCGGUGGACGCUAUACUGCCUACGUCAGAAUGGUACCUUCCGACAAUCACUCAUUUGUCGGAGACGUAUAUGUUCUACAGGGCUCGGAGAUUGUUGGCGUCGUCGAAGCGAUACUGUUCUUACAGUGGCCAAGAGUAAUGCUCAAUCGCUUCUUCAGGCCGGCUGACGUCACGGCAAAGCCCGCAGCGAAGGUUCCUGGAAAGAGCGAACCCUCAACUCGUCCCCACUUCAAACCACACCACGUGUCACGCCACAAGCCUACUCUCACACCACGCAGCCCAGAUGAGGGCUCUGAGAACUCUGACUCCUCAGGAGUGAUAAUCUCACGUCCCGGGGGCUAUUCGUCAUCAGACCAAGAUAUGGAGGAAUUGCCCAGUCCUCCUGCUGGCAUGAAUGACGACAUGGAGAAAGCUUUAGCACUGGUGGCAGAAGAGCUCGCCGUUGACAUUGGUCUGCUCACAGAUGACGCUUUGAUCGCUGACUUGGGACUUGACUCUCUUAUGUCGUUGGUGAUGUCCCAGAGAUUGCGCGAGGAGCUAGGCUUAGAGAUCCGAGAUGCGUUCUUCUUGGAAAUUACUACUAUACAGGAUCUCAAGGCGUUGCUUCGAUAG